AUGCGCUACUCACUCGCCGCAACUCUUCUGGGCGCCUCGGCCGUCACGGCCUUGCCCACUGCUCAAGGUGAUCUGGAAGACCGAAACCUGAACAAACUAGUUUGUCUGGUUGUCGACUCAGUGGUUACUGCCCUGUCGCAAGCUGCAUCUGCAACCCCAUUCUGCUCUAGCUAUUUGGGUAUAAAGACGUCGACUGCGUAUACAACCACAACUGCUACCAGCUACCUCACCAACACGAUCACAAGUACCACUGGCACCAAUACAGUCACUGCUGAGACAUCGACCGUUCCAACAAUCACGCUGGAUACGGUCACCGCUCCCAUAUCCACAUACACAGCAACCGCUGAUGCUGUUACGGUGACUACAUGCGUUGCUGAUGCGGCGGAGAAACGUGGCAUCAGAACAACGUCGACUUCAACUACGAAGUCCGGCAUUCCUACACCUGAUUGUCUCAAAAAUCUCGCCACAACAGCUGUUUCGUUGGCGUGUUCUUGCUUAAAUGUUCCUACUCCCACUAGUACAAGCACGAUCAUUUCAAGCGUUUACCCAACUACCUCAACAACCACGCUUGUUGCGGCGACAGCCACGACAACCCCACUAACAACACCAUACUUUACUCCAACUUACACUCCUAGCACGACUGUCACAAUCACCCCUACGUCGACCGCUAUCUACUGUCCAAGUCCUACGCCUGAUCUUUCUUGCAACAACCAGGGUGCAGAGUUCGCCUACUACGUCUCACCAUUCGGCGUGAACAGAGACGGAGUAUAUUCACAAUUCGACCCUACCUACUUUAAGUCCAUUAACCCGGUCGUCUCUGGCGUCGCUGGAUCCGCUGGUGGCAUCAGUGGGUCCUGCCCAUACACGUCCUCGAGGUUCAGCUUUUAUGGAUACACCGAGAACUGCAACAACAUUGCCCUUAACUACCGCGGUUACUUGUAUGCUGGACAGACUGGCACCUUUACAUUCGAGGUCUCCAGUGCAGACGACAUCGUCUUGGUCUGGGCCGGCGCCGCCGCCUAUUCUGGCUGGACCCGUGCCAACGCGCUCCUGGACGUGACAUAUCCUGAGAUUGGUGCAGGCUCGGGUAAUGGCGGCAGCAUCGUCGGAACUUACGCUACGACCGCUGGCACCUACAUUCCUCUUCGCAUUCUGUUUAGCCAGGGCGACGGCCCCUUCGGUUUCAAUGUCAAGGUCACCGCGCCUGACGGCACAGUCGUCCUGAGCGCGAGCAGCUCUACUAGCGACUAUCUGGUCACACACUCUUGUGAUGGGACCUCGGCACCGGCUUAUGCAUCGUAUGGUGCUGAGCCUUAG